AAGAAGAAUGUAACCCGGAAGUAGUUUGAUCGCAGUCAAAGCGACGUGUUUAGCCAAAACUGAACAAUAAUAACAAUGGCUGGGACAGCUUCAGUAGCCGGUGAAGUGUUUGUCGACGCGCUGCCUUAUUUUGACCAGGGUUACGAUGCUGCCGGUGUCCGCGAAGCUGCUGCUGCGUUGGUGGAGGAAGAGACAAGAAGAUACAGGCCAACCAAAAACUAUUUGAGCUAUCUACAGACCCCAGAUUUCACUAUUUUUGAGACAGAGAUAAUGAGGAAUGAGUUUGAGAGGCUCGCAGCUCGACAGCCCAUGGAGCUGCUGAGCAUGAAGAGAUAUGAGCUUCCGGCGCCCUCAUCAGGACAGAAAAACGACAUCACAGCCUGGCAGGAAUGCGUCAACAACUCGAUGGCUCAGCUGGAGCAUCAGGCUGUUCGCAUCGAGAACCUGGAACUCAUGUCGCAGUAUGGAACCAACGCGUGGAAAGUCUAUAACGAUAACCUGGCGUUCAUGAUUGAGACCGCUCAGAAGGAACUUCAAAAAUUCAGGAAGCAGAUUCAAGACUUGAACUGGCAGCGAAAGAACGAUCAGUUAGCGGGAGGAGCCAAACUACGAGAGCUGGAGUCAAACUGGGUGUCACUGGUGAGUAAGAACUAUGAGAUUGAGAGAGCCAUCAUCCAACUGGAGAACGAAAUUGGAACGUUGCGUCAGCAGCAGGGAGACGAGAACAAGGAGAACAUUAGACAGGACUUCUGAAGAUAUUUCUUCCUAUCAUUUCGCCCGACCAGUGACUGAGCUGUAGUGUCCUGUCAAACGUACAGAGUCGGUUUCUUCAAGACCAUGUCUGACCGUCACAUUUUUUUCAAUCAUUUAUUACGUUUCUUUUUUAAAUAAAUAGUUUUUCAAAGUGAAUUCAUGUGGAGCCACUUUUCAUCCCCACCGUGUGAAUAACAGAAGCUCAUGUGUCAGGUAUUUAAAGAUCGAGUCAGAGCUCUGGUGCCAAGUGUCUGUUUCACUUGUGAUUUGCACUGGAACAUGUAUAAACUUGAGUGUGCCAACUGAAAAUAGUACAAUCUGACAAGAGGAAAUAAUUUAGAAAUAAGUCACAGACGUUAAAGUGCAGCAAUUGAAUUUGAUUUGGAUGGUUAACAAAAAAAAAAUCGGAUCAGUCCGAUGUUUAUUUCGUUGCAAAUACCUUCAACAGGUCUCGACAUAAACCCUGUGGGUGACGACAUGGAUGGCGAGGCAUCUGGUUGUUGAUAGAUGUGUGCGUGUUUGUGUUACAAAAUGUCAAAGGCAUGUGUCCGUCAUCAGCCUGACAGGCCAAGGAGGUGACAUUGCCUGCAGACUCAAAGCUGCGAAUUCCACUUCCAUAUGGACUGUAAUUGUGCCUGCCUGUCUACCAGCUGGACACUGCUGAUGUGCCCCUGAGCAAUGUCCUGUUCAUGGCAGAACUCAUUCCGAGCCCGUGACCCUAUUCUCAUGGACAUUCUGCUUCUCAGAAAGAGAAGCGAGGCUCACACUCUGAGUCUCUUCCGGGUGGUUGAUUUCAGACUCGGAACAGCGCCGUCUACUGGAGACAGUGGGUGCGACAAGAAGUAAAACAAAUUCAGGGAAAAAUGUGUUGAUGCAUACUUUAUUAGAAAUUAACAGCUUCUUCCUGCAGAUAGAUCCCGAUUCAUGUUCCAAGUGGUGAGUAUACACACAACAUGACAGUCUAACAAGUAAGCAAAAGAAAUGUAUCUGUGGAUUUUCUUUGACCUCAGUGGAAAGCAAAGCUUUGACUGACUAAAGAGCUGGGUUGUUCUACAACCAGGUCACGUUUGAUUAAGUCAUGUAACACUGUUACAUAUUGGAUGUUCUUUCUUUAUUGCCACGUCCCUUACAUUGUCCCCGUUCUUCGGUCGGAACCUCUGGAUGAACUCAAGAAACUGCCAGCGUGAAGCCCUUGGCCACUGGAGGCGCUCCUACACACUCAAAACAGCUCUGGUGCAUCUCUCAUGCAGCUGCAGGCACAGGGUUCCUCUGACCGCCUGCUUCCUCUCGGACCAAAGUCUGUGCAAACGUUAUAGGAAGCUUCCGUAAACGGCAGCUGAAGCAGCAGGAGAUGAUUUGGCCCCCUUCUAUAUACUGAGAGUGUUGACAGCGUGUAUGAUGGUAACGUUAUCAGGAAGGUUUUGGUUCUGAUCCUGGCCUCCUCUGGCAUCCAGAACCUUCUGUCUGUGUCGCUCCUCCUGCCGUUUCUUCUUCUCCAGUCGCUGAUGCUCUUUCCUUUGCUUGUUGGACAUCUAUGUUCAGGAAAAUAAACAGAUAUUUCAUUACGCAAUCGAAGGCCUUUCAUUUCAGCACAGAAUUGAAGGUGGGACCUUAGGCCUCGGUGUGUUGCUGUUCUCUGCCGGUGGCUUGUUCUCACUGCACUGUGCGGAGUUGGCCCUGCAGCUUGACCCUGAACCACAGUU